AUGGGUAAUUCUGUCUCAAGGGCUUUGGGUAAGCUAUUUGGCUCCCGUGAGAUGAAGAUUUUGAUGUUAGGUUUGGAUAAUGCAGGGAAAACCACCAUCCUGUACAAAUUGAAGUUGAAUAAGAUAAAAACAUCUGCACCAACUGUUGGUUUUAAUGUGGAGACGGUUGCCUACAAGAAUGUAAAAUUUAAUAUGUGGGAUGUUGGUGGACAGGAGCGAUUGAGACCUCUUUGGAGGCACUAUUUCCCAGCCACUACAGCUUUAAUCUUUGUGAUCGAUUCUCACGAUAAGGAUAGGUUGGAUGAGGCCAAAGAAGAGUUGUACAGUAUAAUAAGUGAAAAAGAGAUGGAAAAUGUUGUAUUAUUAGUUUGGGCAAACAAGCAAGAUUUGAAAGGCGCGUUGAAACCACAAGAAGUCUCUAGCUACCUUCAAUUGGGUGAAAACUUAAAGAAUCAACUUUGGUGCGUUGUAGGAAGUAAUGCAUUGACUGGACAGGGCCUAGUAGAAGGUCUUUCGUGGAUCUCGAGUAACACACACAAGAAAUGA